AUGGGGAAGGACCAGGAACUGCUGGAAGCCGCUCGCACUGGGAAUGUGGCUCUGGUGGAGAAACUCCUCUCUGGGAGGAAAGGAGGGAUCCUGGGCAGUGGAUCUGGAGCUAUUCCCUUAUCCAGCUUAUUGAGCAUCUGGCGAGGACCAAACAUAAACUGCACUGACAGUUCAGGUUAUACUGCUUUACAUCAUGCAGCUUUAAAUGGACACAAGGAUAUAGUUCUCAAAUUACUUCAGUAUGAAGCAUCAACUAAUGUAGCAGAUAAUAAAGGUUACUUUCCUAUACACUUGGCUGCUUGGAGAGGAGAUGUAGAUAUUGUGAAGAUUCUCAUCCAUCAUGGACCAUCACACUCCAGAGUGAAUGAACAGAACAAUGAAAAUGAAACAGCACUGCAUUGUGCAGCUCAGUACGGUCAUUCAGAAGUUGUUGCUGUUCUGCUAGAAGAGCUGACAGACCCCACAAUACGAAACAACAAACUGGAAACACCUCUGGAUCUGGCAGCACUUUAUGGACGUCUGCGCGUUGUAAAAAUGAUCAUCAAAGCAUAUCCAAAUCUGAUGAACUGUAAUACAAGAAAACACACCCCUUUGCAUCUUGCUGCUCGUAAUGGCCACAAAGCUGUCGUACAGGUGCUUCUGGAGGCUGGAAUGGAUGUCAGCUGCCAAACAGAAAAAGGGAGUGCCCUGCAUGAAGCAGCCCUAUUUGGAAAGGUGGAGGUAGUACGCAUUUUGCUUGAAACAGGAAUUGAUACCAACAUAAAGGACAGUUUGGGUAGAACAGUUUUGGAUAUACUUAAAGAACAUCCAUCUCAGCAGUCUCUCCAAAUUGCAGCUCUACUUCAAGAAUACAUGGAAACAGGAAAUGCAAGUAUUUCAGAGGAACGCCCACUGGAAUGUGCAGAACAUCAGUCUUGUGUUUUGUCCCCAGAAGUUCCUCCAUCUCCAAAGGCUAAAAGUGAAGCUGUGACUGGAGAAUUAUCAAAGCUCUUAGAUGAAAUCAAAUUGUGCCAAGAAAAGGAAUACUCUUUUGAAGAUCUGUCUCAUACACUAUCAGACCAUUAUCUGGAAAAUUUUAGUAAAGUAUCAGAGGAAGAUCUUAUGACCAGUGGAAGCCAAACCAAGCUUAAUGUAAGGCCUUCUUCAAUGCGUUUAUCACCAAGAGAGGAAGAAGAUGAUGAUGCAGCUGAAAAUACUUGUGGACCUUCUGGCUUAUGGGAGGCUCUGACACCUUGUAAUGGAUGCAGGAACCUCGGAUUUCCCAUGCUUGCACAGGAAUCUUAUUCAAAGAAGAGAGGUUAUGCACUGGAAGCAAUACCCUCUGUACCUCUGGAUGCAGUUCCUUCAGAAAAUAACAGCAGUCUUUGUGAUUCGAUAGACAUAGCAGUCACCAAAAAGCCUUGUUCUCUAGAGAUAGCAAGAGUUCCUUCCUCAAGACCAGAUAAUGCACCCCAGGUAGCAAUUACCGCACCAGGAUCUGGUAACCAUAGAAACAGCUCUACAGGCCCAACACCUGACUGCUCUCCUCCAUCACCAGACACUGCACUUAAAAACAUAGUGAAAGUCAUACGUCCUCAGCCAAAGCAACGUACAUCCAUAGUAUCUUCUCUGGAAUUUCACCGAAUGAAUCACAGCCACAAUUAUUUUGAAAUCAACCCAUCCAUUGGCUGUGCAAGUUUUAUUUCUACUCCUGCAAUCAGUCCAGCUAAUUAUUCCUUUGGAUCUCUGGAAUACAAGAAUUUAGGCACUGAUCACACUAUUUCAGUAUCAGGAGAAAACAGUCUUGAGCUUCCUGAAGGACACCCUGCUGAGCAGUUUGCAGGUUUACUUCAUGGAUCAUCACCUGCAUGUGACCCACCUGAAAAUCCUCUCCAGCUGUACAGCAAAGUAAACCUGUGCAGUGGGCCACUGGAGAAAAGCAUUUUGAGCAAGAGUGCAGCACAGCAGAUACAGCUACGGAAAGAAAGCAGCUCUGAUCCUCCUGUUAAGAAAAAAAAGCCACCAAUUGUAAACAGAACCAUAUUUCAUACUAAAAAUAAACCAGCAGAAAAUCAUACCCUGGUUGGUGCGCCAAGGAUAAGUGAACAAUGGGUUAUUACCACUGGGGGAUUUGUGGAGCGAGCGUGCACGCUGGGCAGAAUACGAUCUUUACCAAAGACCUUGCUGGAAAUGCACUUGUGCAAAAAUGUUUCAAAGUCGGAUUCUAAUCUUAUCACCCAUCCACCAAAUGAUAAAAAAGCGAGAAGCAAUUGGAGUGAACCCACACCAAAGCCACAGUGCUCCAAAGGGAAUUCGGAGAGAACACCUUCCUUCACAUCAGAAUGGGAAGAAAUUGAUAAAAUCAUGAGUUCAAUAGAUGCUGGAAUUAAUACUGGACUGGGUGAGAUGAAAGAUCAUGCUACAAGACCCCGAUGCCCUGUCCAGACAGUGGGACAAUGGUUGGAAAAUAUUGGGCUACCUCAGUAUGAAAACCACUUGCUGGCUAAUGGAUUUGACAAUGUGCAAUUCAUGGGAAGCAACGUGAUGGAGGACCAGGAUCUCUUGGAAAUAGGAAUCCUUAACUCUGGGCACCGACAGAGAAUACUCCAAGCAAUCCAGCUUCUCCCAAAGAUGAAGCAGAUCGGUCACGAUGGUUACAACCCCUCCUCUGUAGCUGAAUGGCUGGAUUCCAUUGAAUUGGGUGACUAUACCAAAUCCUUUCUAAUUAAUGGCUAUACAUCGAUGGACCUUGUGAAAAAAAUAUGGGAGAUUGAAUUAAUUAAUGUCUUAAAAAUUAGCUUGAUUGGCCACCGGAAGCGUGUUCUGGCAUCUCUGGGAGACAGGCUUCACGAAGAUCCUCCUCAGAAACCACCUCGGUCAAUAACCCUCAGGGAACCCAGUGGUAACCACACUCCUCCCCAGUUGUCUCCAUCACUUAGCCAAAGCACUUUCACUACUGGUGGCUCCCUGGACGUUCCCCACAUUAUCAUGCAGGGCGAUGCAAGGAGAAGAAGAAAUGAAAACUAUUUUGAUGAUAUUCCCCGCUCAAAGCUGGAGAGGCAGAUGGCACAGACAGGAGACUGGGGAGAGCCUUCAAUUACCUUGCGACCUCCAAAUGAAGCCACAGCAUCAACGCCUGUACAAUACUGGCAACAUCAUCCAGAGAAACUCAUCUUCCAGUCAUGCGAUUAUAAAGCAUUUUAUUUAGGUUCUAUGCUGGUAAAAGAGUUGAGAGGCACAGAGUCAACACAGGAUGCAUGUGCAAAGAUGAGGAAGUCUACAGAACAGAUGAAGAAAGUACCAACCAUUGUCCUGUCUGUUUCUUACAAGGGAGUUAAAUUUAUUGAUGCCACAAAUAAGAAUAUUAUUGCUGAACAUGAAAUCCGCAACAUUUCCUGUGCUGCACAAGACCCCGAAGACCUUUCUACAUUUGCGUACAUCACUAAAGACUUGAAGACGAAUCACCACUACUGCCACGUAUUCACUGCAUUUGAUGUGAAUUUAGCUUAUGAAAUCAUUCUUACACUAGGACAAGCAUUUGAGGUGGCCUAUCAGCUUGCACUACAAGCACGAAAAGGGGGUCAUUCUUCAACCCUCCCUGAAAGCUUUGAAAACAAACCCUCUAAACCUAUUCCCAAACCACGUGUUAGUAUUCGGAAGUCAGUGCAGAUAGAUCCAUCCGAACAAAAGACUCUUGCGAAUCUACCCUGGAUUGUUGAACCUGGACAAGAGGCCAAAAGAGGCAUUAAUACCAAGUAUGAAACUACAAUUUUCUGAUAAAAAACUGUCCCCCUGUUCCUUGUUGUGCCUUGCACGCCAAGCAGUCACAGCACAGCCUUUCCUUUAUGGCAACGUUUCAAUCCAGCAGAGAGGAAGACUGCACUGUAUGAGUGGCCUUGUAACUAACAAAAAAGGCUGACAGUCAUUUCUGGUGAUGUUCUUCUUCCUGCAGCACUGAAUGAAGAAUGACACUAUAUGAAGACUUUUAAAAUUACAGUCCACAAGAGGAGUGAGAAACCUUAUUUUUCAUGCAGUUCUCCCUUGUGACUC